CGGCUGCUGUGUUUUUGGACAGUGAAUUUGUGAAACAACAAGAGACGACGCCGGACUAUGGAGGUGUUACAAACAAAAGACGUCGCUGACUCUGGUUUGCACAUUCCUCCUGGGCGUUUGUCAUUGUUCAACUACGGGCCAUGGCAGUCCUUAUUGUUUUCAUACUUACCGACCAAGGUUGGCAUAUUCGUGAUUGUCAUACUGAUAUAUUUAUCAUAGUUAUUUAUCGUACUUCUUAUCUAUCAUUGCCAAUG